AUGGCCUGUCGAAGUCUGCUUGCCCUUUCGAAGUUGGCCAAAACUUCAUUGAAGUCGGCUUCCUUCAGCAAAUUUACCGCCGUUCCAUCUUUUACUAAUCAAAGGUGGUUCGCAACGGAAGCUGCUAAACCCGCUGCAUCCGCUCAACCCAAGGGUCGCAUUGUUGCUGUUAUUGGUGCCGUUGUAGACGUCCAGUUUGAUGAUAAACUUCCCCCCAUUCUCAACGCCCUAGAGGUGCAAGGUCGUCAAUCUCGACUCAUUCUUGAAGUUGCCCAACAUCUUGGUGAAAGCACUGUUCGUACCAUUUCUAUGGAUGGUACUGAAGGUCUUGUUCGUGGUCAAGAGUGUAUCGAUACUGGUGCGCCAAUUAAAAUUCCUGUGGGUCCCGAAACUCUUGGGCGUAUCAUGAAUGUCAUUGGUGAGGCUAUUGAUGAACGUGGACCCAUUAAGUCAAAGAUGAUGUCCUCGAUUCACCAGGAUGCUCCUGAGUUUGUCGAAAUGAGCACCGGCCAGGAAAUUCUUGAGACUGGUAUUAAGGUCGUCGAUCUUUUGGCUCCUUAUGCUAGGGGUGGUAAGAUUGGUUUAUUCGGUGGUGCUGGUGUCGGUAAAACCGUCAUUAUUAUGGAGCUGAUUAACAAUAUUGCUCGUGCUCAUGGUGGUUACUCUGUCUUUGCUGGUGUUGGUGAGCGUACUCGUGAAGGGAACGAUCUCUAUCAUGAAAUGAUUACCACAGGUGUCAUUGACCUUAAGGGUAACAACUCUAAGGUAUCUCUGGUUUAUGGUCAAAUGAACGAACCUCCAGGCGCCCGUGCCCGUGUCGCUCUUUCUGGUCUGACUGUUGCUGAAUACUUCCGUGAUCAGGAAGGGCAAGAUGUGCUUCUUUUCAUCGACAACAUUUUCCGUUUCACACAAGCUGGUUCUGAAGUAUCUGCCUUACUGGGUCGUAUUCCUAGCGCUGUCGGCUACCAACCAACACUUGCAACUGAAAUGGGUUCCAUGCAGGAACGCAUUACUACUACCAAGAAGGGUUCAAUUACUUCUGUCCAAGCUAUCUACGUGCCUGCCGAUGAUUUGACUGAUCCUGCUCCGGCCACAACAUUCGCUCACUUGGAUGCCACAACUGUGUUGAGUCGUGGUAUUGCUGGUCUUGGUAUCUACCCAGCUGUCGAUCCUCUCGACUCUGUUAGUCGUAUUCUCGAUCCCAACAUUGUUGGUGAGGAACACUACCAAGUCGCUCGUGGUGUGCAAAAGAUUCUUCAAGACUACCGUUCUCUCCAAGAUAUUAUUGCAAUUCUUGGUAUGGACGAGUUGUCGGAAGAAGACAAGCUUACUGUCUCCCGUGCUCGUAAAAUCCAAAGAUUCUUGUCGCAACCUUUCCAGGUUGCCGAGGUCUUCACCGGUAUGGAAGGCAAGUUGGUUAGUCUCCAGGAUACCAUUAGAAGCUUCAAGAAAAUUCUUUCCGGUGAAAUGGAUCAAUAUCCUGAAGCCGCUUUCUAUAUGGUUGGUAAUAUCGAAGAAGUGGUUGAGAAGGCCAAGAAACUUGCUGCUGAACACUAA